AUGCGGGUGGCCGUCCUCCUCCUCGGGUUGGUCGUGGUGUGCAGCGCCAUGGCGGUGACGGAGGGGUUCAACAUCACCAGGAUCCUGGCCAACCACCCGGAGUUCUCCACCUUCAACCACUAUCUCACAGUCACCCACCUCGCCGGUGAGAUCAACCGGCGGAACACCAUCACCGUCCUCGCUGUCGACAACUCCGGCAUGGCGGAGGUCCUCGCGAAGCACUUGUCCAUCUUCUCCCUGAAGAACCUCCUGUACCUGCACGUCCUCGCGGACUACUUCGGUUCGAGGAAGCUGCACCAGAUCACGCACCGCUCCGCCGUAGUCUCCACCCUCUUCCAGGCCACAGGCGCCGCCCCAGGCACCACCGGCUUCGUCAACAUCACGAAUCUGCGAGGCGGGAGGGUGGGCUUUGGCGCCGCUUCCGAGGAGAGCAAUGAGGCCAACCUCGAGUCCUUCUUCGUGAAAACCAUCGACGACGUUUCCUACAAGAUCGCCGUGGUGCAGAUCACCAAGAUGCUUCGCUCCCCCAUCGCCGAGGCCCCCACGCCGGCGCCGAACCAGUAUAACCUCACGCUGCUCAUGGCGAAGAAGGGCUGCACCGUCUUCGCCAACCUGCUGGCGUCCAUCCCGGCGGUGGAGACGGCGUUCGAGGAGAGCGUCAAUGGUGGACUCACCAUCUUCUGCCCCAUCGACCAGGCGGUGAAGGCCUUCGAGCCCAAGUUCAAGAACCUGACGGUGGAGGGGAAGACCUCGCUGCUCCUGUUCCAUGCCUCCCCGUUCUACAUGUCCCUGCAGAUGCUCAAGACUCAGAACGGGGUGAUGACCACCCUCGCCACGGACAGCUACAAGAACUACAAUAUGACGGCGCAGAACGAGGGCGAGGUGGUCACCCUCGAGACGAAGACCAGCACCUCCAAGAUCUCCGGGACGGUGAUCGACGAGCAGCCUCUGGCGAUUUACACCAUCGACAAGGUGCUGCGGCCGUGGGAACUCUUCAAAAUCGCCGACAAGCUGGCGCCGGCGCCGGCGCCGGCCAAGUCGAAGAAGAAGCGGUCCUCGACGGCGGUGCCGGCGGGGCCCGAGGGGGAACCGGACGACCAGACGGCGGCGGAUGACAGUGCCGGGGAGAGGCUCGCCGGAGGGCGGUGGCUUGCCGCCGGCGCCGCCCUCGCCGCCGGAAUCCUGGUGCUCUAG